AUGGUUCUCCCCCGAUCUGCCAUCCGCGGCUUCUCAGCUGCCCGUCUCUUCCGCUCUUCUGCCCGCCCUGCCGCUCGUGCUGUUGCCAGAAGAGGUUACGCCAGCGGUCACGGUCACUCGGCUCCCAGCAGCGAUGUGCCAUGGAUCCUCGGUGCUGCCGCUGUCACCAUUCCUGGCGCUUGGUACCUCUGGCCCGAUUCAUCUCACGGUGACGUUCACGGUCCCGGCUCUGCCCACGCCAAGCACGUCGAGGAGCACCCCGAGGUUGAGCAGCCUGAGGAGGAAUCCCAGGAGCAGCCUGAGGACGAGUCCAAGGAUGAUGGCGAGACCAAGGACGAGGGUGGUGCUCUGAAGGACGGUGAGGGUGAGAAGACCCAGGACCAGCCUCAGGCCAACAACGAGCCCGCUGCUGGGGAAUCAAAGUCCAAGCCCAAUACCGAGGGCAAGAACAUGCCCGAGAGCAAGGGCAAUGUUGAGGGUGUCCAAUUCAAGGGCAAGACCAACGAGGGCGACGAGGACAACGAGAUGCCCGAUGAGCGCAAGCGCGAGCCUGACUCCAAGGGCGCAUUCAAGAAGCGCAUCGACUCCGGCUACGGCAAGAACCUCGGCGAGGGUCCUGCUCACAGAGACGACGGCUCUACCAGCGCUGCCACCGCAAAGACUACUGGCUCUGACGAACAGGGAGACAUUCAAAAGAAGCAGCAGGGAUUGUCGACCACCCCUACAAGACACUCCACAAGAAUUGACGAGGACCCUGAGAAAUCGAAGAAGGGUAACGCGCCUCUUAUCCUGUCGGUCUCUGACACGAAUGCUAACGAUCGCACAGGCGAGGGUGCCCCUGAGACCGCUAAGUCGCAAGGAACCGUCUCCGUGAACAGACCCACGAGAAGGGUGAGAAGGAAGGCGAUGAGCCCCGCGCCGACAAGAAGGAGCAGGAGUGAAAAGCAUGAUAAUAGCUUCUAG